GCGCUGCUAUUGCAACCUUCCGGGAUCCAUCCGGAAAUGCCAAGGAAAUUUGUCUGGUUGCUGGAACGGCAUCUGACCUGACAUCGAGUUUGGAUCAGCUGGCACCUGUGCAGAAACAACUUGUCACCAGCAUGAUGCACGAUCAUGCUGCUGACAUAGACAUGUGUCUAGUGGGCGAGAAGGGAGUGGGCAAGACGAUGAUUCUUCAAGCCUUUGCAGAGAUGUUGGGCUACCGUCGCAUGACGGUCUUCUGCUUCAAGGACCUUAUGGCGCGCGACUUGCUCCAGAGUCGUUGCACUGAUGCCAUGGGACAGACAGAAUGGAGAGAUUCUGCCAUCGUG